AUGGCUUCUUCAUCUUCUCAAUCUCAUUGUUCUUUGAUUCCUAGCAGAACUAUUUUUCUUAUUUCCAUCGUCGGGUUUCUUCUUGUAUCGCAAUCGGAGGCCCUGAAAUCGCCAUUUUCCCCUCGCGACGUGCUUCCAUUACUACCAACAAAGGUCUCAUGGCGAAUUCUGAGCUAUUUCGACAGCGCUGCCGAUCUUCUUCCGUCUUUUGUCGGAGGUGUCUCGUCUUCUGAAAGAACUGUUCAGUGGCAAGGGGCUUGCUUCUAUAAGAACACUGCUUGGCUGGAAUUUCAUAACAACUCUGGCUCUCAAUAUGGUGGUGGUACUCUUCAUAUACAGGCUAGCAAUGCUCAUAGUCCAACGUGCAUGGAUGUUUAUAUCUUUGCAACUCCAUACCGUUGGACGUGGGAUUACUAUUUCCUCUCUAAAGAACAUACUCUCGACUUUCCACAAUGGCAAGGAAAGGAAGAAUAUGAGUAUGUUAAAAAGGCAGGGGUAUCAGUUUUCUUAAUGCAAGCAGGAGUAUGGAGAAGCAUAGAAGCAUUAUACAAAAUGGUGCCAUUAUUUAUAAACUCAGAGUGGGGAGAGGAAUCGAACAUAAAAUUUCUAGAGAAUGAAAUGGGUACUACCUUCAAAGAAAGGCCUCAUCCAUGGGCUACUAAUCUCAAUCCUGACGAUAUCCACUCUGGAGAUUUCUUAGCACUCUCUAAAAUCCGUGGCCUUUCAGGUGCCUUUGAGACUUUAGAAAAAUGGGUUACUGGUUCUUACGCUGGUCAUUCUGCUCUUUGCUUGAGAGAUUCUAAAGGAGUUUUGUGGGUUGCUGAAUCUGGCCGUUCAAAUGGUGGAAUGGGGGGUGAAAAUAUUGCUCUUUUACCAUGGGACAAGUGGUGGGACUAUGAACUGAAUAAAGAUGAAUCAAGUCCUCACAUUGCAUUGCUUCCAUUGCAUCCUGAUUUAAGGGCAACGUUUAAUGAAACUGCUGCUUGGGAGUAUGUAAAAUCCAUGGUUGGCAAACCAUAUGGCUAUCAUAACUUGAUUUUUAGCUGGAUUGACACCACUCAAGGAAACUUUCCAUCUCCUUUGGAUGCCCAUAUGGUUGGUUCAGCUAUGACAAUAUGGAAUCAAAUGCAGCCAAGCUUUGCGGGAAAGUUGUGGAAUGAAGCUCUUAACAAACGACUUGGAACAAAGGGGCUUGGGCUAGCUGAGAUUCUAGUGGAAGUUGAAAAAAGAGGAUCAUCUUUUGGGGAAUUACUGGCCAUUCCUGAAGAGGAUGAGUGGACUUAUAGUGAUGGGAAAUCAGCAACAUGUGUUGCUUUUGUGGUUCAAAUCUACAAGGCUGCUGGCCUUUUUGGUCCACUUACUUCCUCAAUUCAAGCCACAGAGUUCACUGUAAAAGAUGCAUACACACUAAAGUUUUAUGAAAGCAAUUUAAGUCGCCUUCCUAAGUGGUGUAAUGCUGGGGACAAUGAGAAUAAGCUUCCAUAUUGUCAAAUUCUUGGAAAGUAUAGAAUGGAAUUACCUGAUUAUAAUACCAUUAGUCCCUAUCAACAUAUGAAUGAAAAAUGCCCUUCUCUUCCAAAUUACUCCCAUCCAAAGGAUUGCUAG